UGUUGCUUAGUUAUAUAUAUACACACCUUCCUUUCCUCCUCCCUUCACCGCUCUACGUGAUCUCAAAUAUAUUACCAACACUCACAAAAUAUAUAAUGAGGACCACUUCUCUCUACGCUGCUGCUGCAUUUCUCCUUCUUUUGCUCUGUGUUCCACAAAUCAUCUCGGCAAGGCACAUAAACCCCUCACGUUUGCUAAAUGGGGAUGCAGAUGGAGGAGAGGAAAAGAGAAAAGAUGGAAAAGAAAUGUUGUAUUGGGAAGGAAGAGUGGAGACAGUGGAAGUAGCAGGGUCGAGGUUGCCGGAUUGUUCGCAUGCGUGUGGGUCAUGCUCGCCAUGCAGGUUGGUGAUGGUCAGUUUCGUUUGUGCAUCCCUUGCGGAGGCUGAGUCAUGUCCAAUGGCUUACAGGUGCAUGUGCCAUAACAAGUCUUACCCUGUUCCAUAAUCUCUCUCUCUCUCUCUCUCUCAUCAUUCUAACCCCUUUGUAACAUAUAUAGUGCCCAUUUUCCGUUCUUGCUUCUUCGCCUUUGUAAACACUCAUUUCUAGUUAUAAACCUGCUUU